UCUACAAAAAAUCAUACGUAUUCGCCUCCUUCGAAUGUGUUAUGCCUUCCGCGAACAACGCAACUCGAAGCUUUGUUGACUUUAAUCCGGGAUAAAGAAACUAAUCGUGGAGACUUUAUUUUUUAUUCUGAUAGAGUAAUUAGGCUCCUUGUUGAAGAAGGGUUAAACCAUUUACCGGUAGUCGAAAAGAAAAUUAUUACACCAACAGGAUCUGAUUUCAAUGGCGUUGCGUUCAAGGGUAAAAUAUGUGGCGUGUCUAUUAUGAGAGCUGGAGAAUCAAUGGAACAAGGGCUACGCGAAUGUUGCAGGAGCGUACGAAUUGGAAAGAUUUUGAUUCAGCGUGAUGAAGAAACCGCGCAACCUAAG